AAAUUAAUUGAAGACGCGAGCUGUACGUCGGGUGCAGAUGAGAUCGACUCGCAGUGGCUAACGGUGUAUUCAGUCCCAAACUAAAUAGCCUGUUGAAUUCAAGGGAAAUGGGCCUUCAUUCCUCUACAAGAUAUGAUAGAGCUUCACCUGAGUCGUCUAUGCAGCUGUUUUCGCUGUAUGCUGCCGUCAAUUCUGCACUAAGUUCCUUAGAAAGAAAAGACCGACAAACCAAUGCGAUACAAGCAUUCCCUGAAAGCGUAAGUGAAGCUUCUACGGAUUCAGAAUUGCAGCGGCAGCAACAGCAGGUGCCUCAAAGCGUUCCUCCUGCAGUUCUUUUCUCACCGUCUUCAAUACCGGAAAAUCCAAAGAAAAGAAAAGCAAGUUUUUCAAAUCACCAGGACCCUUUGAUUGCACAAAUUCGAGAAACAAUUUUCGAUCACUUAAAUCUACUUUUAAAAAAGGGCAGUGCUACUUCCAAUGCCCUCUGUAAUCGUAUACGGGAUCCACUGAAUCAGUACAACCAAGCCAAUAAGCUGGUCACCAUUUCCUAUCAGCAUGCCUCUGUUGCACAAAAGUCCUAUGGUGCAGAAAAACGUUACCUCUGUCCGCCUCCGCUCAUUUCUAUAACUGGCAACACUGGAUCAAUAUUGGGUCACUCCUUUUCAGUGCAGCUAGCCAUCACAAAUGAGCAGGGUCAACACUCGAAUCAGGUGUCUGAAAACUUUGCUGAACGUCAAUCAGUCGCUUUUCGUUCUCUUCACAUUUCCUCUUCCAUUGCUGCCAAGGCAAAGAGUUUUAAUCUCAACAUAGAUGUCAUAAGUUCUUCAGACGAUGUUUUGGCUCAAAUGGUUACAAAACCCAUUAACAUUAUAUCUAAACCAUCAAAAAAGGGAAGCAAAAACCGUGUUUCCAAUUCUACUCUCAUGUCUGGCGCCAUAAUCAGUUUAUACAACAGAAUCAAUUCUCAGACUGUUCGUACAAAAUACAUGUCUGUUGCCAAUGGACGUUUCUGCUUGCGGAACGAAUCUUGGACGCCUUUGCAAAUUCGUGUGUACGGUGCCAGUGAAAGUUCAUUUCAUCAACCCAUCAUGUAUGGUUCACAGGUUGUUCUCUACAACGAGCGAAGCGGUAUUGUGAGCGAUCCGCUGUACAUUCAUCGGGUUGACAAGGAUCAAAUUGCACCUGAUGAUGGUUAUCUUGGGCAAAUGCAUCGUAUCGUUCUUCGUCGAGGCCAAUGCAACAACGAACCCAAUGUGUUGAAACCAUACGCUAAUCAACAAGGCAUGGAUUUUGUACAACCACUUUUCCUCGGGGCAACAACAGCCCAAGAAAAAAGUACUACCGGCGACAUGGACUUUCCCGUCGAACUGGAACCGGCUACUUCAAUUGACGAGAGUGGUUCAAUCCGGGUCAGUGAUGCAGUUUGCUGGACCGUUAUUGGUAUUUCCCACUAUGAGUUUUCGAUGAUGAAUGCUCUUAACGCUCGUAUCACUCAACCUAUUACACCGUUUCCAGUAGUCGAAACAUCCCCCAAGUACAUUGGGGAAACACAUUCACUGGAAUUGCUGGUGAGUGGUUGUACCCCUAAAACACAAGUUUGGUUGGGUCCUUACGGGCCCUUGGCAUAUACCAGGCAGGAAACAGAAAAAGCAGACGAGAAUCUGCUUAUUGUCUCUCUUCCAUACAUUGAAGUGAAUACUACAAACCCGUGGACAACUUUGCCUUUGCUCUUCACUCGGCCAAACGGACUUAUUUACGUGGGCAAGUGUGACGUUGUUGUCCGCUAG